AUGCUGUCGGCAGCAAAGGUUCGGAUCCAUGGCAUGCAGGAUGAAAACUGGGUGAUCAAGGACAAGAUCAACCAGUACAGAGGCUUGAUAAAACUCUAUGAACGUGACCGUAAGAUCCAUGAGGGGGACUUGGCGAAACAGAAGCGGCGGUACUCGCGCGACAUCCGCCAGCUACGCAAGGACAUCACCACGAAGCGCGAGGAGCUGGGGGUGGCCGUCUACGGAGACAAGCAGUUCCUGCGCAACGCCUUCCAGGAGCACCGACGGCUGCAGCUCAUGUACAUGAAUAGUCAAGCCGAUAAAGUGUUGGAGAGCAUCCACCAGGAGAAUUUCAACAAGAGGAAGCAGCUGGAUAGGAUCAGAUAUAUAAAAAAGAAGAAAAUGGAGAAUUUUCGUCUGGCACAGCUUGAGUCGGCAGAGUUACGCGACCGGUUGAUCUACGAAGUCGGAGGCAAGCUGCCAGCGGAGAAGAAAGAACAAGCAGUAGCAAACUACGUGCAGAGAGCCAACAUCAAGAAGAACGCUGCACUCGCCAUCAAAGUCAUGUACAAGAAGAUUCUUGAUAUCCUGAAGAAGGACUCGUCAUAUUUCACGGUGGUGCUUGAAGCAUUGAAGUUGGACUGUCGAGCGCAGGGCAAGUGUUUGAUGGGAGCCACGGAGAUGGGACAGCUGGCCAUGGAGUACCUGGACGACAGGAAGUUCGAGUUCAACAAGUUAGAGAAGGAAAUCAAAGCCAAUAUGAAAGAAAGAGAGCGAACACUCAAACUCGUGCGGCGGGAGGUCGCCUACUUAACUGAUUCUUUCCCGAGGUUGAUCAGAAAAGAGGAAGCUACGAAUUUGGAUGACUUGUACGAAGACGAAGACGCCCACAGUCAGCACUCUGUGCACUGGGAGCUGGAGGAGGUGAUGAUCAUCUGCAAGAACCUGCAGCGAGCCACCCUCGUAUCUUCCUUCGACCAAAUACUCUUAAGGUUGAAAGAGCAGAACUACCAGACUGAGCGGCUGACGAUGCAGUUCGCCCUGAACAGCGCCAAGAGGGACGCGCUGGUCGAGGGGCGGAAGCAUGCCAUCCUUAUGCUGGACUCGCUCAAGAAUGUUGGCCAGGAGAAAACCGCCGCGUACUUGCAAGCGAAGAACCAGCUGAUGGCCGAGCUGGACACGCAGAUCCGCGAGGAGAGGAAGCUGAGUAGCUCGCUGAACCACAAGGGCCGCCUUAUCAUCGAGAUGAAGACUGCGCUACAGCAGAUCAACCAGCUGCUCUCCGCCGUAGGCUCUACGAGCACGGCGCCACGGUACUCGGAUGUGCCGCAAGCGAUCCAGUAUGCGCUCGAGGAGAUGCUGCAGCCAGUUCCCACAAUCGAGGCUGACUUUGACAAACUCCUGAACAACGCGCGGCAGAAGCUGAACGUGCUGAUGGCAGCGGUGGCGAAGCUGGAUCUGUCUGAGGAGAUCCGGCAGUCGGCCAACAUGUUCUACCACAACAUCCUCGCCAGGGCCAUGCGGGAGAACUACAAGGAGGACGUGGUCGUAGAGGGAGGACUGAUUGAGUUCGAGAUGGAGGAUCCCAAUGUACCGAGCCAUGCCAUCGUGAAGUUACGUAGCAAGCAGCUGGUAGACGCCCAGGUCAGCGAGUUUGACGUGCCUGAUUUACCCCAGAAGAAGUAGAACAUUGCUCUUGCAAGGUCUUGAAGGGAAGAAUUCUGUUUAAUUUUUGUUAUGAUGAAUAUGUAGUAGUCUUAGAUGUAUCGAUACCCGCAAAUGAAUGGUCAGUUUACGAUUAUGAGAUAAUAAAAAAGCGGCUGCGCUAUUUAAACAUAAACACUGACUUCCCCUUCAUCAAAUAGAUGGGGGGGUACGGAAAAUACUCCACAAGGCUACUCCACUAUACACUCCGCUAUUUAAAAGCAAAGCU